AUGUCGCAAUAUUACUUGCUGCUUGCUCAGAUCGAAAGAGCUUUGAGCAUUACAACCAAUUUAACAGCUCUCGGUAUCACCAUAUGGAACCAAGUGAAAAAGGAUCCCAACAAUCCUCGACUGUUAGCAGAACUCCAGGGCCAAGUAAAUGAAGCGCAGUUUGAAAAUGAAGUUUCUCGAGCUCAGAUGAACAGCAUGCUCAGUGUUCUACAAUGCAUGCAGAACGAGUCCAACAAUACAAACAAGCUUUUGAAGUCCAUGGCUCAUUGCAUGCAGUCUUACGUCAACCUAUCCGUAACUGGUCAGAUGUUCCAGCUUGGUAGUCUGUUGACAGAUAUGGCUGCUGUUGCUGAAAUCAAACGGCUUGCGGAUAACACUGAGAUGAUGGCAGGAACACUGCAGGGUAUUGAGAAUAACUUGAACUCUAUCAACUCCCGAGGCGAUUACUUCCCUCAGCACGUCUACUCAUAUGUCAAGAUGAUGAUUGAGCGGCAUGCUCACAACGAAGUCCCCCACUAUUUCUUUAUUUUCCAUGAAGGGCAUGAAUGGCACCCUAAGUUCGAGGAUCUGCGACGUCAAACACCACUAGGUUCUCAUUUUGUGGGGUAUAAUGAUGACCUAGACCAACUUGCCGCCUUCCUUGUCGAGGAGUUCCGCCCUCGAAUUGGUCCAGAGCCAGUCCUGCACAUUUUGCUGCCGACAGUUAAGCCUCUUGCUAUUACUGAAUCUCUGGCCUUUCCUCCUGAGAUGAGGCCGUUUUGCAUAGAGGGUCAAAAAGGUGAAGGGGGCGUUCCGUUUGUGUUCAUGUGUACCCCUUUGCCAGAGGAUCGCCAAUGCAUGAAGUACAUCGGCGCCCUCACACCAAAGCCACGAUGGGUGCUCUUGCGACGCUUGGGGCCACGCUUGCCAUUUAUAGGAGAAUAUACAUCCAAAAAUCUCGAGCAGCAAUUUUUCGAACAUCAACCUUGGCACACAGACGCUGAUUUGGGUUUGUAUACCUCCGUCCGUUGCCCAUGUGAUCCAAUCCGUCCAAGAACGAUUGGAAGUCCUCUGGUCCUUCGAAAAUGGCAGGUACCACCGCUAGUCGCUGAAUACGUGCUUGAUAGGCCGGCGGAGGCGAUAACGGGGCGUUAUAUCCUACCUGUGACUGAAACUCAGGAUUGA